UGCGUCGUCAGUUUCGUUCCGCAGUUUCAACUGGCAUGAAAAUCGUGUGGGCCUCAAAGUGGUGCUUCCGUUUUUAUGCCGCAGGCCAUGCAGUGUCCGCAAGUGGAGGUGGAGAUCUGCGUCGAUGGCGUGGGUUCAGCCCGCAAUGCUGCUGCUGGGGGAGCUUCUAGACUGGAGCUGUGUGCAGGCUUGGCACUGGGGGGUCUCUCGCCUAGCUUAGGCACUCUAGUAACCAUCAAGGCUCUCGUCAAGCUGCCCGUGUUUGUGUUGGUGCGACCACGUGCUGGUGACUUCUGCUACAGCUGCGACGAGGUGGACCUCAUGGAAAAAGAUGUGACCUUGUUUCGGGAGCAUGGGGCUGACGGCAUUGUGCUGGGAGCACUGACCAGAGAUGGGGACGUCGACAAAGACAUCUGCCAGCGCCUCAUUGCUGCUGCCAAGCCCCUUCCUGUCACCUUCCACCGAGCCUUUGACUUGGCGGCCAAGCCUCUGGAGGCCCUCGAAGACAUUGUGGCUCUCGGCUGCUGCCGUCUGCUGACCAGUGGCCAGGCGAGCAGCGUGGACCAAGGCCUGCCCUUGCUGCAAAAGUUGGCUGAGCAGUGGACGCUUGCCCAGCACUGCCGACGUCCUCCGUCACCCAGGGGGCGGCGUGCGCGAGGACAACCUGGCGGCCCUGCUGCGCGCCACCGGAGUCCGGGCCGUGCACGCAUCGGCAAGCCGGCCCGCGGUCCCGGCCCAGGGUACCCGGGCCCUCUCGCUGGGCUCUGCCAGCCAGGACCAGUCGUGGUUGGAGUGCAGCGUUGACCGGGUGCGCCAGCUCGUCGUCAUUGCGGCCGAGUUUACGCCGUCUCAGUAAAGGAAAAACUCGUUUUGGAAA